AUGAGUAAAUCAUUCUUUACUUUGAAUUUAACAGUCAUAAUCUUAUUGCAAUCAAUACAAAACUUAAAUGCUUAAAUAUGUUAAGCAUUUUCUAGGCAGCACCAGCCUAGAUUUUUUGAGUACUAUACUGUUUCUAAUUCUUUGAAGUUGCCUAACACUAAUAUACUUUUGAUAAACACUGCAUCGUCUUAGAGUAUAGUAUAUUAUAUUGAUCUUUCUAGUGAAAUUGAUAAUGUUGUGAAUGUGGUUAAGACUAAAUACUUUAUAAAUCAAAUGGAGUAUAUACUAUAAAGAAAUCAAAUUUUAGUUAUGAAUUAAGGAUAAAUAAUAUACGCAGAUCCUUAUACUCUUGAAUCUAUAUAAACACUAGCAUUCACUAAUUUAGAAAGUAUGCAUUUCAUGAAAGGAUCUAAUUAUUUAGUCUUAAAAAGUGCAACAUAUUUAUUAUAUGUUGUUGACUUUAUAGAAGGAAAAUAAAUUCUAUCUUUGAAUGUUUUACCUUAUAAUUCUGACUGUGGUAAUCAUAUUGCUUCUGCAAAGUUACUUUAGCUUUAAAAUGGUUAGAAUUUUAUAGCAGUAAUUGAUUAGUAUGGUGCUUAUACUUGGUCAAUUGAUUUUAAAACUUUAGAAUUCUCAUUCAAUGGAUAUUAUUCGCGAGAAGCUAAUAAUUAUAGCUUAAUAGAUUUGCACAAGAGUUAUGAUAUUAUAUUUUUAGCAGGAGCCAAUUGUCAAAUCAAUGCUUUUUAGAUCAUUAAUUUAAAAGCGAAUUAGAUAAAAUUAAUCAAGACUGAUUAUCUACCAAGUGGUCAAUCAGGAGAUAGUAUAGCCAGUUUAAGCUUUAUAAAUUCUUAAAAUAAUUAAGGCAGUUUAUACAUAAGUGGCUAGUGGUCUAUUUAUAGAAUAGAUUUAAAUUUUGUCUAUAAUUAGAAUACAAAUACAUUUGAUUCUUUUACCUUUGAUAAUAUCAAUCAACCUUUUACUGUAUAACUACCAGGAAGUCCAACUAAUCAAUGGUAUCAUUUGGAAGAAAGUCAAUAAUUGUUAAUACCAUACUACACUAAUUACUUUUAUUAAACAGCUCUAUUUGUUUAUUCAUAUAGUACAGACACUUAGCUCAUUCGUUUUAAUUAUAUUUCUACAGGUUUUACAAAAAUAUUUACUUUCUAACUCAAUUAAGAAAUAUAUUUUGUUGUUUCUACAUUAGAUGAAAUUUAAGUCACUAAAGAUUCUCCAAGUAACCUAAAUUCUAUCCUUACUUAUCCUCUUAUUUAGUCAAUCAAAGCAAGAUAAAAUACAUUUUUUUCUGUAAAAAACUGUAAUACUUGUUUUAUUGCUAUGCAUGAUUCUACAUACUUAGCAUUUUAUAAAGUAAUGGACUCAUAAUUCACUCCUUAAGUAUACGAUUUAAGUUAGAUAAAUCUUAAUACUGAUUCAAUAAGCUUCAAUAUUGAUCCCUACUAAGAUAUUAAUCAAGCUGUUUGGGUUAUUGUAGGAAUACCUAAUAAAUAAAAUAAUGAAAAUUUCUUAUUUUAUGCUAUAAGUAUUACCUCUUAAUAAUAGUUUUAAUUGCUCUCUGAUAAAGUAGAAGAAAAUAAUCAAAAUACAAGUUAUGCUCUCUAUUCCUAAGAAGAUUAAGAAAUCGUUGGAAUUGCUGUUAAUGGAAGUAUUUUUGUUUGGAAUUCAACAGACCUUUCAUUCAAAUACUCAAUAACGUCUGAUUGUUCUGGCUCAAUAAUUGGUUAAUUAUUUCAUACUGAUGAUAAUAAAUUUCUAAUAAUUGUUUGUGGUGAUUACAGUAUAACUAUCUAUAAUUUCUCUAAAAAAACAUUUUAACCAUUAAUGAAACUAUAGUCAAAUCCAUACUAUUUAAAUGUAUUGAAUAAAAUUAAUAUGUUUGGAGUUGGAGAUUAAAUGAGCGGAGAUGUUUAUUUAUUCAGUUUUAAUACAGUUACUUAAUAAUUUGAAUUAUUUAUGCAUUUCCAGUCUCCUUCUUUAACAGAUUGUGGAAAUAAUAUUCAGUAUAUAGAAAAGACUUAGGUUUUAUUUAUUUAGUAUUACUAUAGUAAUACAUUUUUGCCUAUUGGAUAAUGUCUUUAAAAUUUGCCUAGUUGUACUUAGAAAUGCUAAAUGUAGUUUUAUUUUAAUACUACUGAAACUGCUGAUACUAAAAGUCUAUAUGGGAUAGGUUCUUUUGAAUAGCCUUUUACAUCUUCUUUGAGUAUAAUUCCAUCUUUACUUUUAGUUAAAUAAUAUUUCGAAUUAAUAAACGGAUUUGAAAUUCUAGACGUAAAUAUAUUAGUGAGCAACUAAAAUUAGAUGGUAUUUUACAAUGAAUUGCUAACUUUGUAAGAAUUUGCAUAAACGAAUUUAACAAUUUAGAGCUGGAAUAAUAAAAAUCAAUUAGCUUAAAUUAAUGUAAAUUAGUUGCUCCAAUUUUCGGGUCUCUUUAUGCUAAACAUUGAUGAUAUACUUUUUAAUUUUAUUAUUAGUAGCUCUUAAUAAAAUUGUGGGGUUUCUUUCGAUGGUAUUAUUUCGAGUGCUACUAUAGAUAACAUAAGUAUAUCUUCAACAGAUAGUACAUCUGAUUGCUUCUUUUUUUAAAUAAAUAAUUCUUUCUUGACUAUUAAAAAUAUAAACAUAAAAAGUUUAGAUUUUUCAAAUACAUCAGUUUUAAUAUCAAUCGUUAAUUCUUAAUAGAUUGCACUUUAAAAUAUUCUAAUAGAUAGUUGUAAAUUAAAUGAAAAAUUCAGUAUAUUAACCUAAGAUAGCGAUGUUAAUGUUAUUAUUGAUACUUUUAUAAUUUAAAAUAAUCUAUGCGAUAUAAAUUAAAUUUACUAUCCACAAUUCUCUGGUUAACUAUUUGAAGCUGGUUAAUUCUAUGUAACUAAUAUGACAAUAUCCAAUAAUCAGUUUUGUAAUUUAUAGAUAUUCUCAACAGUCAGCACAAUCAAAUAAAAAAAUUAAACAUUUUAGUUCUAGAAUAUAACUAUGUACAAUAACUCAUUUUAUACAACACAUAAUUAUCUCUUUUUUGAUGCUAUUUAUUCAAUAAAUCCUCUUCCCUAACACACUUUAAAUAUGAGUUAUUUAAAUUUCACAGAUAAUUCUUACUUUCCCUCUUCUUAAGUUUAAUCAGAUAUCUAACUCGGAAUUACUUAAUUAGUUCUAACUGAACAAAUUUUUUCAGUUUUAAUAAAUGAAGUUACAGUAAAAAAUCAAUAAGAAAUAGCAUUUUGUUAAUUAUCCUAAUCUUCUCUAGUUUCAAUUAGCAAUAUUUCUUGCUUAAAUGAUAAACAAUUUUUUGAUAGUUUAGUCAAUAGAGAGUACGGUGGAUGUUUAAUUUUCAAUGAAAUAAAAAAGAUUAGCAUAACUAAUAUAUAAUCAAGCUAUAUAAAAGCAAUAGAUAAUUCUAUUUUAGUAAUAAGAAAUUUAGCAUACACAAAUUCAGUAAUAAAUUUAUCAAAAGUAGUUAUCACAAGUUCAUAUUUUGAAUAAACUUAAACUAACUCCUAAGCUAAUCCAAUUUUAAUUACUUCCACUUAUACUUCUAAUAUAACAAUAAGCAACUCAAUUUUUAGCUAAAAUAGAUUAAAUGCAAUUCCUAAAACCUCAUCUUAUUCAACUUCUGCAAUACAGGUGUUUAAUCCAUUAGGUACUAUAUAUUUAGUUAAUAACCAAUAUAUUAAUUCAGUAUCUAGUAGUAUCUUUAAUUUUCAAUAUAUAGUUGGUCUUAAUAUAACUAUCAUUAAUGCUAAUUGCAAGCAAUCUUCAUUUAAUAUCACAGAUAAUGUAACAACUUUUAAAUAAUAAGGAGGCUGCUUAAGGGCUAAAUCAAACAAUUUGUAAAUUAUUUCUUCAAAUUUUAGCCAAUCCACAGCAAGCUAAGGCUCGUUUAUUUACUUCGAGAGUCUUAGUUCAGAAACAAAUAUUUUUAUAGAAAAAUCUUCAUUUGAAGAAGGUUAUGCUUAGAAUGAUGGUGGUGCAUUUUACAUAAAUUCACAAGACUCAACUUUAAGUUUUGUGUGUAAAUCAUCUAACUUUAGUAAUAUCUAUAUGCUUAGUUCUUAUUCUUCCUCGAUUUCAAUAAUAUAAUCAGAAAAUUAGAAUUUAUUAAACUAGAUUCUAUUCUAUGAAGGAGAGCUAAUCAAUAUUUUAGGCUAGACGAACUCAUAUUUUUUGAAUACCUAAAAUUCUAAUGUUACUCUUUUUAAUAUUGAUAAUAAUAAUUUUAACUAAACUUAUCCUGAUUAUUUGAAUCUAAUAGCAAAGCUAUCUGAAAUCUAAUCAGUGUCAUUUUUCUAACUUUAAAAAUCUAUGCUCUCAAUUGUUGAUUGCGGAUUUUAAAAUUUAAUAAUAAAAAAUUUACAAAAUACUUCCCCUCUUCUAAUUAAUGGUAUUAAUACGAGUAUUGCCAAUAACGGUGGUGCUAUAUCAGUUAAUGGUUUCGUUUCUAAUCUUAAUUAUAUAUAAAACACUAAAAUGAUUGGAAAUACUGCCAUAUCAGAUGGAGGAGCUAUGCUUUUAAUAGCCUAAAAUGAUGAUAUUUUUACUUUAACUUUGUCUAAUUGCUAAAUUACUGACAAUCAAUCUUUAAAUGGAAGUGGUGGGGCAUUAUUUAUUAGCUCAGAAAAUGAAUCAACAGUACAGUAAUAGAUCAAAAUUUAUAAAACAAAUCUAACAGAUAACAAUGCAGUUAUUGGAGGAUGCAUUAAUAAUCUAGGUAUAAAUCCAGUUAUAGACUCUCAAAGCAUUAUAUUGAAUAACUAGGCUAGUCUUUAUGGAGAUAAUAUAAAUUCGUAUCCUGAUCAUUUAGGUUUGAUCAUGACUACAGAUUUAAAUAAAUAUUACAAUUAGUCAACUAAUUCUUUAAUUUUAUCAAAUAUUAAAAGUGGAGCUUAAAUCCCAGAUAUAAUCUUUUAGCUAAAAGAUUAAACAGCUAAACCUAUAUUUCCAUUAGAUUCUGAUAAAAUAAUAAUUUAAGCAUAAUUUAGCAGCAAAACAAAAAAUAUAUCAAAUUAUUAUAUUAGAGGAAAUUCUACAGCAUUUGUUGAUUUAAAAUAGAAAUAAUUUGUUUUUUAAGGUAUGUAAUUAAUAGGGAUUCCAAAUUCAAAAGCAAUAAUUGAGUUCAAAUCUGAUGUUAUAAAAAUUUUAAAUAAAUAAACUAAUUAAUUUGAGUCUAACUAUUCUUAUGAAUUAGAAGUUUAUUUUAGAAGUUGUAAUUAUGGUGAAAUUCAGAAUUUUUACAAUACAUAUACAGAAUGUGUUGUCUGUGACUAAGAUAAAUACUCUCUCGAUAAACAAUAAUGUUAUUCAUGUCCUUCUGGAGCAAAAUGCAAAAAUGGAAUUAUAUAUGUAAAUUAAGGAUUCUGGAGAAAAGAUGAAAGUAGUCCUCUUGUUAUAGAAUGUGCAAAUAAGCCUUCAAACUGUAUUGGAAAUACUUAUGGUAAUUAAGUAUGCUUAGAAGGUUACAUAGGGCCUCUAUGUGAAGAAUGUGAUAUUUAUGGAAGCUAUUGGGGAGAAAGCUAUUCUAAAAUUGGAUCUUAUUAAUGUGGGUAAUGUAAAGAAUUGAGUGCUUUAUUGUGGAAAGCAAUCUUAAUAAUAAUCUGGACUUUAUUUUCAAUUCGACUUGCCAUAAAAGGAGACUUAGAGGAAUAAACAAUAAAUGCUUUUUAAGUAGCUCUGAAAAGACACUUAUUAAAGAAUAAUCUAAGCACUUCCUUAAAAGGGACUAAAUAUUAAUCUAAAUUAAAUGUCAAAUAUGAUAACCAAAAAGAUUAAAAAUCUCGAAAUGGAGAAAAAGCUAGUGUUUAUAUUAAAGUAUUCAUUAACUAUUUACAAAUAGUAGGAUCAAUUAUUACUUUCAAUAUAAAAUUAACUACAGAUAUAUUUGAUACUUCAUAGUAUUUAGGAACACCUGUAAGAUAAUAAAUGAAUUCUGCUGAAUGUAUAUUAAAAGAUAUAUAAACAGAUAUACCAAUGAUAUAUCUUAAACUACUAUUUACUCUAAUUGUUCCAAUUGGCUAUUUAAUGGUGUUUUUACUUAGUUUAAUCUUCUAAAGGGUAUUUACAAAUAUAAAAGUUCGUUAUUAUUCUAUUUGUACUGCUGCGAUCUUUAUAUUUAUUUUAGUUUAGCCUGAUUUAGUUUCUCAAAUGAUAGGUCUUCUAUCAUGCAGGGUAAUUGGAGAUUCUAGUUACAUACUCUAUAAUAUAACUUAUGAAUGCAACACUAGCCAGCACUAGACCUAUAGUUCUACCUUAGUAGCUCCUUGUUUAUUAGUGUUUGCUUUUAUUAUACCUAUUGGACUUUUUUAUAUACUAUACAGAAAUAAAAAUAACUUGCAAAACAUUUCAAUAUAUAAGAAAUAUGGCUUUUUAUACAGAGAGUAUAAAAGCCAAAAAUAUUAUUGGGAAUUCGUGAAAAUUUUAGAAAAAAUUUUAAUCAUUAUAAUUCUUAACUUCUAUUCCUAAGAUAUUAAUGUUAAAGGAGUGCUAAUUUUUAUUGUGGUUUCUCUCUAUGGGAUAGCAUCUAGUGUUUUAUAACCCUAUCGUUUGAGCGGGUACAAUACAGUUGAUUUCUAUCAAACAACCGUGUGUGCAGUUUCUGUAUUACUUUGUUUAUUCAUUUACAAUAAUCCCUUCAAUUAUUAUGUAGUGACUUCUAUUAUAAUUAUAAUCACAAUCAAUGCUUGGUUUAUUAUUGUAAUAAUUAAAAGAGUUAUUAUAGGACUUUUAAUAUAAUUUAAGAAUGUUAUCAUUUCAUUUUUUUAAAAAUUUUCUUAUACAAAGUUGCUUGUUCAAAAGUUUCAAAAAUAAAAAUUAAAUCCGUAAUUGAAAGCUAAAAUAAAAAGAAUUUUUUAAGAAUUUUUAAAUCUCAGUGAAGAGCAAAAGUAUGAUCUUUUAUUCUCUGGCUUAAAGAUAUAAAUAAGUAAAAAUCAUAAAAGACUAUUUAAAGAUUAGUAGAUUAAUUAGACUGUUAAAUAAAAUAAACUAAAUGACUUGGCUACUGAAAAUUAACAAUAAUUAAACUCUGAAAGCGAUUACAUUAAUAAAGAUAAUAUGAAUACCCCAAAUACUGUAUAUACCAGCAAGACAAACUAAUCUCCUAUUUUUUUAUAAUUAGAAGAAUUAAAUUUAGUAAGGAAUUAAAAAGAGAGUUAAAAAGAUGAAGAGGAUAACUCUAAUAAAUUAAUAAAAUUAAAACUAAAAUACUUAACUACUUAUAAUUAACAAAAAUUAAACUAUGAAAGCGAUUAUUUUGAUAAAGAUAAUGAAAAUAACACAAAUACUGUAUAUAGCAGCUAGAUAAACUAAUCUCCUCUUUUUAAAUCAGCUAGAUAAACUAAUCUCCUCUUUUUAAAUGAUUCGAAGAAUUAAAUAUGGCAAUGGAUUAGAAAGAGAGUUAAAAAGAUAAAGAGGAUAACUCUAAUGAAUAAAUAAAAUUAAAUUCUGUUAACCAGGUGGAUAAAAAUAAUAAUUUAAUUUAUUUUACUGAAUAUGAAAAAGACAAUACUUUAAAUAUCUGAAAAUUAUGAUUAAAUAUUAAUAAUACAUAUUAUUUUUUGUUUUUAACUAAAAAGAUUAAUCAAUCAAUUUUAAAGUUAAUUUUUCCCUAUUAAUAAUAUACUGUAAUUUCUUGUUAUCAUGAUCCGUCCGACUUCCGAAAAAUCAUUAAAAUUAAGCGUUUUUUUAAAUUUCACAUUUCGGAUUUAGCAAAUCCCAAUAUCCGAAUUCCAAAUAGUUUACGGUAUUUAUAUUUUAAUAUUAAGCUUUAUUUGUUCUGUAAAUAAAAUAAAAAACUAAUUAUUUUAUUUAAGAAUAGAAUUUAAAAUAAAUAUAUUAUGA